AGCGCGGCCGAGCCCCGCAGAAAGCAAGCAAAGCGCGCACGGCCUUGCUAAAUAAUACUGCCUAUUCCAUACAGAAGAGCUCCGCUGCCUUACACGUGCAGCCCGGCAGCUCAACGAGAUGAAUAUGAGAGGGGCUGCUUGGUUCCUGCUCUCCCUCGCUGCCGCCACGCGCGCGCUGCCCAGCCCCGUGCGCCGCCUUAGCUCCGUGAUGGACGACAGCACGAUUAGAACCGCCGUUACCGCGUGGUUUGACGACCGCAGCGGCGCCGAGGCGACGUACGGCCACAUCUCGACAUGGGACACGUCGGGGGUGACGGAUAUGUCGGAGUUGUUUUGCGCAUAUAGUAACUGGUGUCCCUCGUACUACAACACGGACGCGGCGUCCUUUAACGAGGACAUCGGCGCGUGGGAUACCUCUGGAGUCACGAACGCGGAACGAAUGUUCGCCUACGCCUCCGCCUUUAACCAAUACAUCGGCGCGUGGGACACCUCUGGCGUCACUGACAUGAACGGGAUGUUCUGGAACGCCGAGGCCUUUAACCAGGACAUCGGCGAUUGGGCGGUGGACACCGUCGCGAGUAUGAGCAUGAUGUUCUACUCUGCCUCGGCCUUCGACCAGGACAUCGGUAAUUGGGCGGUUCACAGCGUCAAGGACAUGACCGCGAUGUUCCAGUGGGCCUCGUCUUUUAACCGAGACAUCGGUGGUUGGGCGGUUCACAGCGUCACGGAUAUGACCUUCAUGUUCAGCAGUGCCUCGGCCUUCGACCAGGACCUCGGUUGGUGCCUGGACGACGACGUGGACCUUUGCAACCAGCAUGGAAGCUGCGCUUUCGACGACACCAAGUGCGCGUCGACGUCGUGCGGCGUCGUUCAGAAAGCCUUAAGCCCUGCAGGCACCUGCGCGCCGACGCCCGCGCCGACGCCCGCGCCCGUCUCCGGGCUGCAGUCCGACGGCGCCGCCCCCAAGGCCGGCGCCGGCGCCGCCGCCGGACUCCUCGUCGCCGCCCUGCUCUAAUAGCGAGGAGGCCGAGCGUUCUCGCGCUGCGUGCCGAACGCGCACGGGAACUCAAGAGCCCUUCAAGU